GCGCUGUUUAUGUAUCGGAACGGACGGACGGACAGAUGAGCGGAUAAUUGGGGGAGGGUCGAUAUUAGUCAACCGAGUCUUAAUUGCGUUAUCAGCAAACAUAUCAGAGAAGACAUUCUUCUUUUUGGGUUGUGGACUACCUCAGCAGCUUCUCAAAAUAAGCUGAUUAUGUAUGCGCUAGACGAUGGGUGACACGACCACCCUGGUGCCGUGUAUAUGCAAGGGCGUGAAGAGGGGUGCAUAUUCGCUCUACCGUCCAGGAUAGCCACAUUUCUCUCUCUCCCCCCGCCCUUCUUUUCUGUCUCUCUCACAACGUACCAGCAAAAUCAUGGCUAGCGCACCCGCGACCCGUUUCAAAAUCCAACUUGAAAGCCAGUCGAUCAUUCUUUGCGGCACACCAGAACAAUCGACAGGCCGAUUACUGCGUGGCAACCUUAUGCUACAUUUGCGUGCGCCCAUACGAGUCAAGUCCAUCAAAAUGCGGUUGUUUGGUCAAAUGAAACUCCAAUGGCAUGACACUAGCAAGAAACGAACUGUUAUUGAUCAUGAAUGGGUAUUCCUCGAGCCAUCCAAACAGGGCCCUCACAUUAUUGAGGCCGGGGCCCAUACGUAUCCCUUUGAGCUACAGCUCCCUGGCGAUCUUCCUGAAACAAUCGAGGACAGCUCAUAUGGUCAAGUUUCUUACAAGCUCAAGGCAAUUGCUGUACGACCUGCGCUAGCAUCCAAUCUGAUUGACCGCGAAGUCUUGCACAUUUAUCGACAACCCACCAUGAUGGAUCGAGCAGAUUUAGACGACGCAAGAUCCGUACGCGUCUCGGGCUACCACGAAGAUAUUAUGACCUACGAACUCGAAUGUCGCCAAAGGAUCUUUCGACGUGGUGACCGAAUCCCAGCGAAGAUCCAUCUUUGGCCUAACGACAACAAUGACGAUGACUGUUUCAACAACAAGAUCACCGAGACACGGAUCUUACGUUUUGCUCGCGACGAACAUUUCCCAUCUCUCAAUACCCAACACUGUUCCAAGUCCAUGCCAAUCCCUGUUCCACGAUACGCGAAAUACGACACUUCAAACUCGCUUCUCAACAUUGUUCACCAACUCCAUUUUACCAUUUCUCUGGUCAAUAACACCGACGGCCGCCUGACAGAGCUCCGGGCUGCACUGCCGAUCUCUGUGGCGCAAGAUGAACUGGUUGAAGCACUCAGACUCGCAGACGGCGAUCUCUUGCCAAGUUACGAAGAUGCACGACGAUCCGCACCUUAUAUCCCUGACAUGACAAUGCAGAUCGACUCUCCUCCCAACACACCGACAGACGAACUGGAUGAUUGGCUCAGCACACCUAGAAUCAACACUGACAAUGACAACGGCAGUAUGAACAGCAAUAGUGAGUUACCGUCACUUUGCGACAGUCCUCCACUCUAUUAUUCUCCUUUACCAUCUUAUGAGACUAUCAUGGCACUACCGGCUAAUAGAACGCUGAUCAGAUAAUGUGUUUCUUCCUUAUUCGAUGCUAUCUUAUAAUCCAUUACCUCCUCCCCCUCGUCGUCAUUCCCUUAGAAAAAACUUUUUCUUAUGCAUAUGCCCUCCGCCAUCAACCCUCUCUUAUCAUCU